AUGACAGCGAUCACCUUCCCACACUCUCAUGGAGAUAGAGAUGCAGUCUCAGAUAGCCAAGAUGUCGAGGAUAUUCAGAAUAUCCUGCGCAUAAUCGAUUCAAAAUCCCAGCAACUGUGGGAAAUUAAUCAAAAGAUCCACAGCAAUCCAGAGCUCGGUUACAAAGAAUUUAUGGCCCACGACAAUAUCACAUCGAUGCUCGAAACCUUAGGCUUCAAAGUCACCAGGCAUGCCUAUGGCCUCGACACAUCAUUUGUUGCAGAAUACGGCCACGGGGGUAGAGUGGUGGCCUUCAAUGCGGAGUACGAUGCCCUUCCAGGAAUUGGCCAUGCCUGUGGACACAACCUCAUUGCCAUGAUGUCUAUUGGUGCCUUUCUAGGAGUCGCCGGCGCUCUUGAACAGCAAAAUAUCCCAGGACGUGUUCGUCUUGUGGGAACACCUGCUGAAGAGGGGCUUGGUGGAAAGAUUCCUAUAAUCAACGCCGGUGCUUAUAAGGACGUUGAUGCAUGCAUGAUGGUUCAUCCUGGCCCCUUCUCUGAGUGCCCUGGCUUUACCGGUGAUGCGUACAUGCCUACACUUGCAAGCCUGAAAGUCACCAUCCGUUUCACGGGAAAGACGGCACACGCUGCUAUGGCUCCAUGGGAAGGCACCAAUGCACUUGAUGCAGCUGUGCUAUCUUACAGCGGCAUAGGUGUUCUGCGUCAACAGAUGCAUCCUUGCAAUCGUGUGCACUGUGUCAUUUCUGAUGGUGGGCUCCGACCAAACAUCAUCCCGGGCUCUUCAGCAUUGGACUGUUACAUCAGAUCUCCCACAGUAGCAAUGGCAGAGGAACUCUUUCCUUUGGCAACAGCAUAUGCACAGGCAAUGUCUCAAAUUGGAACUGAAGUGCGGUGCGACUUGAACUCAUCUGGGGUCCCAGGAUCAACGGACCAAGGAAACGUCACCUACGAGUGUCCAGGUAUUCAGGCAUAUGUUGGUAUCCCAGCGGGUCCCGGAGCGAAUAACCACACACCUGGGUUUACCGCGGUGGCAGGAAGCAAAGAGUCUCAUGAACUCUGCAUCCAUGCGGCAAAGGGGAUGGCUAUUACGGGCCUGAGUAUAUUGAAGAAUGACAAGUUUGCUGAAAAGGUCAAGUCUGAUUUUGAGGAAGACAAGAUACGACGUUCCCUAGGUUCAGAACCUAGGAUGCUAGCCCAGAAUGCAGGAUUUUGCUAA